CCUGUUUGUUUGUUGUAUUGCAGACGCAGGAGGUCCAGAAGGCCAUGGAUGAAAAGCGAUUUGAAGAAGCUGUAAGGCUGCGUGGCAGAAGUUUCGAAAACAACCUGAACACUUAUAAACUCUUGUCUCAUCGAAAAAUUGAUUCUGAACUUCCACAUAGCUCAUUUAAUGUGGCUGUGUUGAAUGUUGGCGCUCCUGCAGCUGGCAUGAAUGCAGCCGUGCGUUCGGCCGUCAGGGUUGGGAUCACCGAAGGCCACACUAUGUUUGCUGUUAGUGAUGGGUUUGAGGGCUUCUAUAAGGGACAG